CUGAGUGAAACUCAAUUUCCAUCUUUCAUCCUCGCGUUCACAUCUCAGGCUCUCUCUUUGAUUCAGUGAAAGACAUUUCUGUCGAAUUCAAGCUUGAGAAGAGAAUAGCAGCACGCUUUGCUCGAUGUUGCGUACAUGGAAGACGAGGAAGUGACUCCACUUCAUACGUUUUCUACUCAAGGAUUUUAAGCAGUAGCCUGUCUCGAAAUAUCAAGCUAGAAGAAGAAGAAGAAGAAGAAGAAGAAGAAGAAGAAGAAGAAGAAGAAGAAGAAGAAGAAGCUAAGAUCUUUUUCUCUCUGUUAUUCGUUGGAUCGGUUUCUUCAGGGAUUUUUUUUGCGUUUGGAACUGAGCGAGUAAAGGAAGAGGAAUCAUCAUAUGGCCGGAAGUUUGGAUGGAAGUCAGUCAGAUCAAAGCUCUCACAUGGAGACAGGGAUUGAUAAUAUUUAUGAAGCGUUUAUCUGUCCAUUGACAAAGCAAGUGAUGCAAAACCCAGUCACUUUGGAGAAUGGCCAGACUUUCGAGCGCGAAGCAAUUGAGAAAUGGUUCAAGGAAUGUAGCCAAAACGGUCGACCUCUGUCUUGUCCUAUAACUUCUCAGGAGCUGAGUAUCACUGAUCUAAACCCAAGUAUAGCUUUAGGUAACGCAAUCGAAGAGUGGAGAGCCAGGAAUGAUUUCUUGAAGCUUGAUAUUGCCCGCCAGUCUCUCUAUCUUGGAAAUUCUGAGACCAAUAUACUUCUGGCUUUGAAGAAUGUCCGAGAAAUCUGCAAGAACAUACGUUUGAUUAAACACCGUAUGCGCAAUCCUCAGCUUGUUCGAUUGAUUAUCGACAUGCUCAAAAGUAGUAGCCAUGAAGUGCGGUAUAAGGCUCUACAGACACUGCAAGUCGUCGUUGAGGGAGAUGAAGAGAGCAAGGCAAUAAUAGCUGAAGGAGACACUGUGCGUACUAUAGUUAAGUUCUUAUCUCAGGAGCCACCAAAGGGGAGGGAGGCAGCGGUUUCCUUGUUGUUUGAGCUCUCUAAAUCAGAAGCCUUGUGCGAGAAGAUUGGAUCAAUUCAUGGAGCAAUCAUCUUGUUGGUUGGUCUGACAAGCAGCAAAUCAGAGAAUGUUUCAACUGUUGAGAAAGCUGAUAGAACCUUGACAAACUUGGGGAGAUCAGAAGAAAAUGUUCGACAGAUGGCUACCAAUGGUAGACUGCAGCCUCUUCUAGCUAAUCUUCUUGAAGGUUCAGCUGAAAUAAAACUCUCCAUGGCUUCUUAUCUUGGGGAGCUUGCCUUAAAUAACGAUGUGAAAGUUGUUGUGGCUCAGACUGUGGGUUCCUCUCUUAUCGAUCUUAUGAGAAGUCGCAACAUGCGCCAACGGGAAGCUGCUUUGGGUGCUCUCAACAAUAUCUCAUCGUUUGAGGGGAGUGCCAAAGUCUUAAUCAGCGCAGGGAUUCUCCCACCGCUUAUCAAAGACCUUUUUUAUGUUGGACCAAACCAGCUUCCAAUUCGACUUAAAGAAGUCUCAGCCACUAUUCUUGCAAAUAUAGUCAACAUUGGCUACGACUUUGACAAAGUUCCUGUUGGAGCUCAUCACCAAACUCUUGUUUCAGAGGAUAUAGUGGAAAACCUACUCCAGCUAAUUAGCAACACGGGUCCAGAAAUCCAGGGAAAGCUGUUGGAGGUUCUUGUUGGACUCACUAGCUGCCCAAACUCGGUUAUAAAUGUUGUUUCUGCGAUCAGAAACUCGGGUGCCAUCAUUAGCCUUGUUCAGUUCGUUGAGCUUCAUGAGAACGAUGAUUUGCGUUUGGCUUCUAUCAAGCUCCUUCACAACAUUUCACCACACAUGAGCGAAGAACUUGCCAAUGCGUUGCGUGGCACAGUUGGACAGCUUGGGAAUCUUGUUGCGAUCAUAUCAGAGAAUACAACAACAAUCACUGAGGCGCAAGCUGCAGCUGCUGGACUUUUAGCUGAACUUCCUGAGAGAGAUUGGGGUCUGACGCAGAGAUUGUUAAAAGAGUGUGCUUUUGAGAAAAUCAUCUCCAAGAUAUCUGUGAUUCGCCAAGGAGAAAUCAGGGGAAAACGGUUUGAGAAAACUUUUCUUGAAGGACUUGUUAGUAUUCUUGCUCGGAUCACCUUCGCACUCACCAAGGAGACUCAAGCCAUUUCGUUCUGCCGUGAAAACAAUGUAGCUUCGAUUUUCCUCGAUCUUCUUCAGUCCAACAGUCAAGAUAACAUCCUGAUAGCUUCUGCAAUUGCUUUGGAGAAUCUUUCACUUGAAUCCAGGAAUCUAACAAAGAUACCCGAACUGCCUCCUCCGAGCUACUGUACAUCCAUAUUUUCAUGUCUGAGCAAACCGCCUGUUGUUCUAGGGAUUUGCAAGAUCCAUCAAGGGUUAUGUUCGUUGAGAGAAAGCUUUUGUCUUGUUGAAGGACAAGCAGUAGAUAAAUUGGUUGAUCUCUUGGACCAUGAAAACGUGAAGGUGGUUGGGCCAGCACUUGCAGCUCUUUCAACGUUGUUAGAAGACGGUUUGGAAGUUGAAAAAGCGGUGAGAUUGAUUGAUGAAGCAGACGGGAUCACGCCUAUAUUAAACGUUCUGUUGGAGAAUCGAACAGAGAAUUUAAGGAUUAGAGCUGUGUGGAUGGUCGAGCGGAUCUUACGCAUCGAACAGAUAGCUGAAGAGGUUGCAGAAGAACAGAACGUGACUGCAGCACUUGUUGACGCCUUUCAAAACGCAGAUUUUAGAACACGUCAGAUCGCUGAGAACGCCUUGAAGCACAUCGAUAAGAUCCCAAACUUCUCUGGUAUAUUCACCAAUAUUGGUUAAGUCUGUAUGCAUUCUUGUAAAUGUUUUUUAAGAGACAUUGAUUCAAAGUUAAAAACU